CAUCUCAGCCUCCCAGGUGUGGUUCUUCUCACCCUACACCAGUCCUUUCAUGCCGAAACCGUCCUUGCAACGAUCGUGCUGCUCAGAAAACACCGCAGCUUAGUCGCGCGGUCUUAUUUGUCGGGUCACUGCUAGCAGAUUUUCUGGCGCGAAGCCAGGAAAGCCUCCGCGCGAAGCAUCCAGACUCGUUCAAUAUUGACACCACGGUAGGAACAGGAACAGGAACAGAAACAAAAAGGGAAGCCAAAACCCGUAGCGUGGCACCCGCGUAUACGUAUGGGGAAGAAAAAAGGAAGAGGUAGCGAGGGGGGGGACGGGCAGGCAGCAGCUGCAGAGAACGGAGCAGGGGGAGGAGGAGCAGGAGCAGGAGGCGGAGCGGCGGCGUCGGGCAAGGACCACAACAAGUAUCGGAAGCCGAAGCCGUGGGACACGGACGACGUGGAGCACUGGAAGGUGGACAAGUUCGACCCGUCGUGGAACCCCACGGGGCUCCUCGAGGAGAGCUCCUUCGCCACGCUCUUCCCGCAGUACCGAGAGAAGUAUCUGCGCGAGGCGUGGCCCGAAGUGACUCGCGCGCUGAACGAGUUCGGAGUCGCGUGCGAGCUGAACCUGGUGGAGGGCAGCAUGACGGUCAAGACCACGCGCAAGACGCGCGACCCGUACAUAAUAGUUCGCGCUAGGGACCUGAUCAAGCUGCUCUCGCGAUCCGUGCCCGUCACUCAGGCGCUGAAGAUCCUGGACGACGAGACAUACUGCGACAUCAUCAAGAUCGGCGGCAUGGUUCGCAGCAAGGAGCGGUUUGUGAAGCGGCGGCAGCGGCUGCUGGGCCCCAACGGGUCCACGCUCAAGGCCAUCGAGCUGCUCACUGGGUGCUACGUGCUCGUUCAGGGUAACACAGUGUCGGCCAUAGGCACGCCCCGCGGGCUGAAAGCCGUGAGGCGGAUAGUGGAGGACUGCAUGAAGAACAUCCACCCCAUCUACCACAUCAAGACGCUGAUGAUCAAGCGCGAGCUGGAGAAGGACCCUGCGCUCAAGGAGGAGAUCUGGGACCGCUUCCUGCCCACAUUCAAAAAGAAGAACGUCCAAACAAAGAAGGUGAAGAGCAAGACGAAGAAGCCGUACACGCCCUUCCCCCCGCCGCAGCCGCCCAGCAAGGUGGACCUGGCGCUGGAGAGCGGCGAGUACUUCCUGUCGGCGGACCGCAAGGCGGCGAAGAAGCAUGCGGAGAAGAUGGAGAAGCAGGAGGAGGCGGUGGAGGAGAGGAAGCGCAAGAGAGAGGAGGCCUUCCAACCACCCAAGCUGCGCAAGAACACUGCGGCAGGCAAGAGCGCAGCUGGCAGCAGCAACAAGGUAUCCUCCGAGGACGUGGCGUCCAUGGCAAAGGCUCUCAAGGAGAAGACCAGCAAGCCCGCUCCCGGCUCCCGCUCUGUGCAAGGGCAGGGCGCCCAGGCGUUCCUGGCCGUGCCGGUUGCUGCUGGUGGUGGUACUGGGGGUGAUGGGGAGGGGGAGAGGAAGAAGAGGAGGAAGAAGAAAAGAGCUGCAGAGGACGAGUAGUAGAGGUGCCUUAGGUAGAGGAUGCAUGGGGCAGGACGCAAAGGCGUUGUUGGCUGUGCCUGCUGCUGCAAUUGCUGCUGAUGAUGAUGGGCUGGGGAAGGGAGGAGGAAGAGGAGGAAAAGAAGGCUGCGGCAGGGGAGUGAUGGAUGCUCUUUUUCAGUUGGAUGUUUCAGUGGAUGAAUGUACAAUACCGUACCGUGCCUUCCUCAUGGAGGCUUGUGGAGUGGGGUGGGGAGACUAGAGAGCUUUGGUCUUGGUGGUGUGGUGUGGCAAGAGUUUGGGACCGUGUUGACCGGAAGGAUGGUGAACUCAGGGUUUACAAGGCUCAAUCAAUCAUUUGAUCUCUAUGGCACUCAGGGGAACAAUCUAGACUCAACUU